CCUAGGCCAGCCCGCUACCUGCCGGGGCCUCGGCCGACCGCCCCCGCCCUUCUCCCGCUGCGCCUGCACUCCUCUUCCUCGUCCUGACGCCCCCCUCCCGCCCGGAAAGCUGCCCAGCCACCAGCAACCCCCCAGUGCCACCAUGGCAACUGCACCAUACAACUACUCUUACAUCUUUAAAUAUAUUAUUAUUGGAGAUAUGGGAGUAGGAAAAUCUUGCUUACUUCAUCAAUUUACAGAAAAAAAAUUUAUGGCUGAUUGUCCUCACACAAUUGGUGUUGAAUUUGGUACAAGAAUAAUUGAAGUUAGUGGCCAAAAAAUCAAACUGCAGAUUUGGGAUACAGCAGGACAGGAGAGGUUUAGGGCUGUUACACGAAGCUACUACAGAGGAGCUGCGGGAGCACUUAUGGUGUAUGAUAUCACUAGAAGAAGUACAUAUAAUCAUUUAAGCAGCUGGUUGACAGAUGCAAGGAAUCUCACCAAUCCAAAUACUGUAAUAAUUCUCAUAGGAAAUAAAGCAGAUUUGGAGGCACAAAGAGAUGUUACAUAUGAAGAAGCCAAACAGUUUGCUGAAGAAAAUGGCUUAUUGUUCCUUGAAGCAAGUGCAAAAACGGGAGAGAAUGUAGAAGAUGCCUUCCUUGAGGCUGCCAAGAAAAUCUAUCAGAACAUUCAGGACGGAAGCCUGGAUCUGAAUGCUGCUGAGUCUGGUGUCCAGCACAAACCUUCAGCCCCACAGGGAGGCCGGCUAACCAGUGAACCCCAACCCCAGAGAGAAGGCUGUGGCUGCUAGUGACCUCUUUGCCGUAGCUCCCAUUUGACCUUUCACCUCUGUCUGUUGGAAGCAGUACUUUUUACUGCCUCAUUGUCUUCUGUACAUCUUACUGGGUUUAAUUAAAAAAAAAAAAAAAGAAAAAACAACUCUGUUGUAAAAACAGUUUAACACAAUACUAAACUGCUAAACAACUAGAUGUAAUCAGGUUAUCAAAAGGCAAGUAGAGUAAUAAAUCUCUCCUGCAUGGUAAAUCUAGACUUUUUUUUCCCCUUGAUUGUCCUCGUGAUAGAUAUGUCACCAGUACAUGAUUUAAACUGAGCACUGAUGCUGAACUUAAAUGAUUUUUAUCCUUCCUUUUUUUUUGGGCAAGGCUUUGUCUUACUGUAUGGUUUAAUUUGAGGAUAUCUUAAGCCUUUCUCCCCAUCUUUAACUGUUCAAGUAUGUCUGUUGUAACCAAUAAGUUUAUUGCUGUGAAAUGACUUCUGAUAAAGAAUGGGUUCUAUAACUGCUUUUGUUUUCGUUGGAUAAAUUUCCUGUUGCGUGGGUGGCAUUUUUCUCGUGGAGGUUUGCUUCUGUCUUAGCCUUGCACAGGGAAGAUAUCCAUUUAUCUUUUCUCUUGUGCUUAAUUAAUAGCUUUAUCUUUUUUUUUUUACACCAUUUUAUCCUUUUCUCUUUAGCAGAAAGUAAAUAUGUAUAAAAUUUGAAGGAACCGAACUAACAAUACAUUCUGUGUAUAUUAUUUUAAUGAAGAAAAUAAAUUGAUUACUGGCAUUGGAACAGUAUAAAAUACCAGUUUGUACAGUAUGACCUAUAUGUGACCAUGUUACUCCCUUCCAUUUCACACAAGGAAAUACACAACUGCAGUUCACAAGUAAUACUGGCUCCACCCUCUGGUGCUGGCAGCAUUUGGGGACAUUAUGCUGGAAAGAGCUCCUGUAGCGUGAGAGGAUUAACACUAGCAGAUUCUGUUCCAUCUUUGCACUGUGGCUUACCUGCUGAUUUUCUUAACUGUUCUUGUGCAAUCGACAAUGUGCUAACCUGCUUUUCUCUUUGUAAACAUUUUGCAUUACAGGCUGCAUUUCUUGCCUUACUGUAUAGAAAAAGAAAAAAGGCUGGGUUUAUUAUUGCACAUUUUAAGCUUUUAUACCUUUAUCUUGGAAUGGUGAGAUUGUGUACCGGACAGUCAGAACCGCAGGUCUGCUGUUAAGGGAUUUUAAAUUGUGCAUUUUUAACACUACAGUGAAGUAAUUUAGGAUACCCCUUGUGUUCUUAGUAUGAGGGGCUAUUUUAUGUCAUGUUGGCAUAAGUUGUUUUGUAAAAGGGAAAGUGUUUCUAUUGGUGUUUCAGUGUUUGUGCUGAUACAAAGUAAGUUAUUACUUUGCACUAGGUGGUUUGGCCACUGAAAGAAUACUGUAUUGCAAGGGAAACAAUCUCUUUAGACAACAGACUUAUGUUUUACCAAGUUCUUUACUUCUUUCGAUUGAUUUCUGAUUCAGUUUAUGGUCCAGAUGGAGAAUUGAAGCUAUUUGAAGUAGGAUAGGUAAACCUUACUAUAUUCUAUAAAAUCACUCAGCUCAACUGCUGUGUUUAAAAUACACAUUUUAAAUCCCUCUUUACAGACACUAAAGUGAAAAUAAAAAAUA